AAUGCCGCAAAAUAAACUGAGGAAAAAGGAGACGGUUAAACGCAAUAAAGACUUUUUAAAGAGAAUAUAUAACUUUUUAACGUGGCCCAAGUCUAAAUCUCCCAUUUUGGAAGACAAAAUAUGGAUUAGGGGAAAGAACAAGGUUGUACUUGAUUCUCUUGGCUUUACCCUUACGGGAAUAGAAUUGGGUCGAGGAGUAAAUUCAGUUGUCCUUGGCGGUAAUUCAAUUCGUACGGGCAGUCCCGUAGCUAUAAAAAUAUAUGACAAAUUUAAAAUGAUCAAAGAGGGCAAAAUACAUAUUUUUGAAAAGUUUGUCAUCAGAGAAUUAAAGAUAAUGGCAAAGAUUUCACAUCCAAAUAUUAUUAAAUGUAUAGCCGCUGCAACCUCUCCUAAAAAGGCCUAUCUAGUCAUGGAAUACCUAACUGGACGGACAGUUAAAGAUGAAUUAGAUCGUCACAAACGCCUAACAGAACCAAUUGCUGGUGUAUGGUUUAGCCAACUGAUAGAUGCUGUUCAUUACCUACAUAUCAAGGGUAUUGCUCAUAGAGAUAUAAAAUGUUCGAAUCUUUUAUUAGAUUCGAAAAAUUCUAUAAAACUGUCUGAUUUUGGUCUAGCAACCUACAACUUAAACGAUCAUAGGGCUUUAGGAAUCAUUUGGUCGGCAACCUUUGUUGGUAAUUUAGAAUAUGCUGCUCCAGAGGUCUUAUUAGAACAUGAAUAUAUCGCUACUAAAGCCGAUAUGUGGAGUGUUGGCAUAGUCCUCUACGUCUGUCUUUACGGCCAUUGCCCAUUCAGAGGUAAAGACAGAAGGGAUAUCCUUAAUUCUAUUGAAGGUGGUUUAGCCAAAGAAGACGACGAAGAAGUAUCAAUGCCUUAUGUAAAGAACGAGGAAUUUUAUAAGAAAUACCAAGGUCUAAGAAUCGAUGACGUAAGAGAGAAGAAAGCUACACGCAUCCUUACACAAUCUAUUGAAGAUACUUACACCAAGAAAGAGGAAUUUAGCAGUCAAUUAAAAAAUCUAAAACAAGAUAUAAUUAGCGAAAAGUCAAUUGAAAAUGAAGAAAGUAAAUUAGAUAAUUCAACAACUAAAUAUAGAAAAACAGUUCUUAGUAAAAUUGACGAAGGGACAAACUCAGUAAACGAUUCAAAAGCUCAAAUUAUAGAUUCUACUUCACUAUCUUCCAUUUCAUUUAACAAUUUUGAUGGCAAUUUAUCGGUUAAAUCUAGUAGGAAUAUUGUUGAAAAAAAUGGGGGAAAUACUCAACAACCAAUUAACAAAGAUUUGCUUUAUGAAUCAAUCACGUUGAAAGAAGAUGAAGAUUGUAAGAGAAAUAUAAAAGAUGAGAAAAAAGAUAAAAUAAUUGAUUUUCAAGAAAAAAACAUAGAUUUUUAUAUAAAAAAUAGCGAAAGUAAUGAAAAUCAGAUGCCUACUGAAGAUGAUCUAAAUUAUCAGCAAUCUAGUACCGACUGCUCAAAUGGGAACGAAAAACAAGUUGAAAAUCAAUUAAAACCUCUGAAAUGCCCAUAUUCUUCACCCUUAAGUUUUCCUCAGGAGUAUCUCUUAGAAACUAAACAAGAAAUAUCAACGAAGGACGAGAAACAGAAUACCACCCUAAAUAAGACCUUGCCGAAUGAUGAAAUGGAAAAUGUUUCAGUUGCUAGUACAGUUCCGGGAAGUAUGAUAAUAGAAGAGGAAGAAGAUGAAUUAGAUGAUAAAACAAAUGUUUCAAAUAUAAACAAGGUUGAAAUUUUUAACAAAUCUAAUUCGUUUUAUGAAAAGUGCUCAAUUACAUCAAAUGAAAGCGAAGAGAAACUGCGAAAUUCGAAUUUAACUAACGAACCAGUCUCUGACGGAUCGAAUAUUCAUCACUAA